UUCUCAUUUUUGUUUCCAACGCUCGCAACGAACAACCAAACCAACGCGCUUGAAGCAGAGACAACAGAGUCAACCUGAACGCGGAUACUCUGGAUACUGUUUCCAAUGGAGGAUACUGGAGUUUGCAAUUUCCUUAAGGACCCCCUGUCUAUUAAUGAUCUAAUUACCAGUGGUACAAACUUUGAGAUUAAUACGAAUUUCGAUGAAGGUUUCACCAAUGAUAUAUAUGACGAACUAAAUUUAGGAUCGGAUGAUGAACAAGACGAUGAUUCUAAAAAUUGCAUUGACCAGUCAUUACUGGUUUCGCCCUGGACAAAGUCAUUUGAUGAGCUUAAACAACACAUGCGACAAGUGAACGAAAACAUGUGGAAAAAAAUUACAAAGGUUGGUGAUGAAAGCGAGGGGGUUGUGCCUCCUGUCAAUGCCAGGGCAUGUAUUCGUUAUAACGCAUACUGGGAAGGGGAAGGCACACCUUUCGACUCCACAUUUUUAAGAGGCUCCUCCUACAGCUUUUAUACUGGACGUAACGAGGUUCUGCAAGGUUUGGAGGACGCAGUCUGUACAAUGCACAAAGGAGAAAAUGCCCAAUUCCUUAUUUCAUAUAAUUUAUUGUUUCGCGAAAUGGGAUGCCCACCGCGUGUAAAACCCAAGGCGGAUGGUUUGUUUAUAAUUGAAGUGGUUAGCUACAAUUUGAUUGGAGACAUUGAUGCGGAGCAACAAAUACCCGAAGAAGAUCGGGACAAAUAUUCGGUGGUGAUCGACAAAGUAAAGGAAAUACAUUUAAAAGGAUUGGACUUUUUCUCCCAGGGGAUGUAUCGCAACGCGUGCAGAGCAUUCGAAAAGGCACUCGAUCUUCUAAAAUUCAGUCGCUUAACCAGUGAAGAAGAGGAAAAGGCCCAAUCAGCAUUCCUCCUCAAGCUUUAUACCAAUUUGGCUGUAUGUUAUAUCAAAGUGAAUGCCCCAGCAAAAACAUGUAUAAUGUGCAAGGAAAUCAGGCACUUAACCAACAACAAACCUUCGUGUAAAGCACUAUUUCAGGAAGGCAGGGCACUCCUUAUGUUGGGUGAAUAUGAAAAGGCCAGGAGUCAUCUGAUCAAAGCGCAACACAUGGAACCUCACAAUUUAGAUAUUAGUGCAGAAUUGAAACUCUUAGAGGAACGGUACAAAUCCUAUAAGGAAAGUGAGAAGAAAUUGUGGACAAAAGCAAUGGGAUUGAUAAAGAACGCUGACGAUGAGCCAGUGAAAACUAACCCCAGUGACAUUGAUGAACUCGAACAAGAAAUGUUGAACCUGAUGAUACACUUUAAAGACGACAACGAUCAAAAGAGUUUGAAACUGCCUUCUGGACUAACAACCAAAGAAAUUGAAACGUUAGAUGGUUUGGCGAAACGGUUGGACCUAAAGCUAACAUUAAAUACAUUGGAUAGUACUCAAUAUAUAAUUACAAAGAAGACAUGAACCCAAUGCAUUUCUACACUAUUUGAAUGUUUCUCGAAAGCUUUCAAACUAAAAAUCAUUCUUGAAUUCUACUAUUUAGUUUGUAUUAAGAGGUUUUUAAUCCAAUGAAGUAAUAAAAUGAAUUUUUUAUGCCUAUGGUUUUCUUUUUCAAUAA